GUUGGGUGGUGUCGUUUGUUUCCUGGUGCGGUACCUCGCGCCGCCUCUCGCCACAACGCGCCGAGCAUCGUCGCACCGUCUGCCGCGCCGCGUCGUGGCGGGAUGUAUCGUGUCGUCGGGUUUGUGCUCCGGGACGGGCGUUUCUCGUGAUGCUUUCGCUCAUGUCCUCCGAUUUGUCCUCUGCUUCCGAUGCGCCCCGCGCCCCGCAGCACAUUCGGCUAGCGGGGGCCGUUCACACGAUGAGGUAGGCGGCGAGGUCUGGGGGCCUUCGCCCAGAUGGCCGCCUUGGCCUUGGACGAGGCGGUGCUGCACGACCUCUUUCCAGAGCCGCAGGCGCUGCGAGGCGUGGAUGAGAAGGGGCACCUGCCAGACGCGGUCCGGGACGCGGUCAUGAAAAAGUGUCGCAUGAAGUCGGAGAACAGGUCCUGCUUCGAGUGCGCGGCCCGCAACCCGACCUGGUGCUCCGUGACGUUCGGCGUGUACCUGUGCCUGGACUGCUCCGGGGAGCACCGCCGGAAGGGCGUGCACAUCUCCUACGUCAGGAGCGUGGACAUGGACAAGUUCUACCCAGACCAGCUGGUGCAGAUGGCGAUCGGGGGCAACGCGAAAGCGUGGAACUACUUCAAGGAGUGCGGCAUGGGCAAGACGAGCUCCGUGGGCAAGCCGGUCGCCUUCCAGUCCCGCCCGGCCGAAAAGUACAAGGCCGAGCUGGAGGCUGGAGUGAAGGAAACCUGCGCCAGGCUGGGCGUCCCCGAGGUUGUCGACAGGAUAAAGGGCGGCGACGCCGCCGCGCCGGCCGCCGCCGCGGACGCGGCCCCCGCCGGCGGCGCCGCCGACGAGAGUCGGGGGCGCCACGGGUCGGCCCGCUGAGCUCGAGGAGCCUCGGGCGUCUUGGCGUCGCUCGGGCGUGGGCGUGCUUCUCGCCAAGGCCAGCCAC